AUGACUGAAAUUAAACAACUAGGCUACCUUGGUUUUGAGGUUGCCGAUCUGAAAGCCUGGGAGCAUUUUACAACCGACGUUCUUGGGUUAGGGCAAAGCCAACACUUUGCAAAUGGUGGCUUUGCGCUACGUCUAGACGAAUAUCAACAACGUUUUAUCAUUCAGCCAGGUCAGGCAGAUGAUCUUGUUUGUGUUGGCUUAGAAGUUGAAAAUAAGGAAGCACUGACAGCGGUAAUUUCUCGUGUACAGGCUGCGGGAAUUGCUGUAGGCGAGGGCGACAGCAAACUGGUCGAGCAACGCCAAGUUGAGGCAUUAACAACCUUUAAAGAGCCUGGUGGUGUGCAGUUUGAGGUAUAUUAUGGGCCGCAAAUGGCGGCGGAGCCAUUUCAGUCGCAGGUGGUGGCUCAUGGUUUUAAAGCUGGUGCCCUUGGUCUCGGUCAUUUUGUUUUACGGGCUGGUGAUUUAGAAGCAUCACUAAAGUUUGUGACGGAUGUUUUAGGAUUUCGCUUAAGUGAUCGUAUUAUUUGUGAUAUUGGUGGUUAUCAUGUCAAUAUUGCUUUUACGCACUGUAAUCCACGGCAUCAUUCGCUGGCCCUUGGAGAGAAAUUGCCUAAACAUAUCCAUCAUUUUAUGCUUGAAGUCAAUGAUAUUGAUGAUGUCGGCCAGUGUUGGGACCGUGUUGUCAAUGAAGGAAUCACGGUUUGGAAUGCUAUUGGCCGGCAUCCCAAUGAUCGUAUGCUAUCUUUUUAUGCAGAAACCCCGUCAGGCUUUCAAUUUGAAUUUGGUUGGGGGGGACGUGAAAUUUUAGAUGAUGAUACUUGGGAUACUUAUGUUUAUGAUCGUAUUAGCGAUUGGGGGCAUGAACAUCCAGCUCAAAUGUUUAAGAAGAUGUUUAAAAAACAGAAAUCGUAG